AUGGAACAGAAAAAUGGCAGUUCUUUCACUGGGUUUAUCCUGCUGGGUUUCUCAGACCGGCCUCAGCUGGAGCUCGUCCUCUUCGUGGUUCUUCUGAUCUUCUAUCUGUUCACGCUGCUGGGAAACACCACCAUCAUUGCCUUGUCCCACCUGGACCCCCAUCUUCAGACUCCCAUGUACUUUUUCCUCUCCAACCUGAGCUUUCUGGACCUGUGCUACACGACCAGCACUGUCCCGCAGCUCCUGGUUCAUCUCAGGAGAGCAGACAAGUCUAUCUCCUUUGGCGGCUGUGUGGCUCAGCUCUUCGUUUCUCUAGGGUUGGGCUGCACAGAGUGCAUUCUCUUAGGGGUCAUGGCAUUUGACCGCUAUGCAGCCAUCUGCAGGCCCCUGCACUACACAGUGGUCAUGCACCCCCGUCUCUGUGCCCUCAUGGCUUCCGCAUCGUGGGUCAUUGGUUUUGCCAACUCCUUAUUGCAGACAGUGCUCAUCUUCCUUGUACCAUGUUGUGGGAGAAAUAAAAUAGAUCAUUUCCNAAAUAAAAUAGAUCACUUCCUUUGUGAGGUCCCCCCACUGCUCAAGCUUGCCUGUGUUGACCCCACUGUGAAUGAGUCUGUGCUCUUCUUUGUCGGUGUGAUCAUUCUCCUCGUCCCUGUGGCAUUAAUCACAGUCUCCUAUGGGCGGAUUGUCAGGGCAGUCUUAAGAAUAAAGUCAUCUGCAGGGCAGAGGAAAGCGUUUGGGACAUGCGGGUCCCACAUCACGGUGGUCUCCCUGUUCUAUGGCUCAGCCAUCUAUAUUUACUUCCAGCCCAGCAACAACUACUCCCAGGAUCAGGGCAAGUUCGUUUCUCUGUUCUACACCAUCGUCACCCCCAUGGUCAACCCUGUCAUAUAUACACUGCGGAACAAAGAUGUGACGGGAGCAAUGAAGAAGGUGCUUUGCAGGGGCCGUGACUCCAGAUGA